GUAGAACAUUUGCCCUCCAGCUAGGAGUCUUGCAGGGAAUGUUCUCUGUCUUGAUCUGGUAGUGGCUCUACACAGGUGGAUACAUGAGUACAGUUUGUUGACUUGUACUUGAGGUGUGUAUGCUUCCUUAUACUUACUAUAUCUCAAUGAAAAAGGAAAAAAGAAGUCCCUUUAUCCCAACACCUGUCUUGAAAAAGUCUUAAAGAACUGCUAAGUCUGUUUUUAAAAAGAUGAGGGUGAGACACUGGUCCACGGGAGUGGCAGAGAGGCCACUGGAUCCAAGCAAGGAUGCUCUGGGAGCCAUGGCUGGGAGACGGAUGCCAGGGUUGAGAGUCAGAACCUGGGCCUCCCUUGACCUUGGGAACUACCUGGUUUCCUCAAUGGAGGCCUUGCAAUAAAAGAGAAAUUCCAGCCAGUCUGUGAUCGAGUCUGACUUGACUAAUGAUUAACUGGCCUCCUGGAGCCCAGACGAGUGACAAGGUGCUGUGGUGUCUUAUGAUGGGCAGCGAGCCCUGAGCAGCCCAUUCAUAAUCAGCCUCGUGGCUGGAAGUCAGCUGUUUGGAAUGUGUGGUUUCUCUUUAAUGCUGUUUAGAAUGUGCUUAAAAAUUAAUCUUGGUGUUUUUAUUUAUUUACUUGUGUAUUUCUCUCCCCUUUUCAAAUCCACAGCAGACUGUCCAGAUGCUGUGCCUUCCUCCGCUGAAACAGGGGGAACGAAUUAUCUGGCCCCUGGGGGGCUUUCAGAUUCCCAACUUCUUCUGGAGCCUGGGGAUCGGUCACACUGGUGCGUGGUGGCAUACUGGGAGGAGAAGACGCGAGUGGGGAGGCUCUACUGUGUCCAGGAGCCCUCCCUGGAUAUCUUCUAUGAUCUACCUCAGGGGAAUGGCUUUUGCCUCGGACAGCUCAAUUCGGACAACAAGAGUCAGCUGGUGCAGAAAGUGCGGAGCAAAAUCGGCUGCGGCAUCCAGCUCACGCGGGAAGUGGACGGCGUGUGGGUGUACAACCGCAGCAGUUACCCCAUCUUCAUCAAGUCAGCCACACUGGACAACCCAGACUCGAGGACGCUGUUGGUGCACAAAGUGUUCCCCGGUUUCUCCAUCAAGGCUUUUGACUACGAGAAGGCGUAUAGCCUGCAGCGGCCCAACGACCACGAAUUCAUGCAGCAGCCGUGGACUGGCUUCACUGUGCAGAUCAGCUUCGUGAAGGGCUGGGGCCAGUGCUACACCCGCCAGUUUAUCAGCAGCUGCCCCUGCUGGCUGGAGGUCAUCUUCAACAGCCGGUAGCCGCGCGGGGAGAGGACGGAGCGAGAGCCGAGCGGGCCUAGUCCAAACUACUUUGCUGCUAAUGUUUUCCUCCUGAGUGCUUGCUUUUCAUGCAAAACUCUUUGGUCAUAGUCCGUCCCCCCACCCCCACCCCCGGUCAUUCUUGUUUAUGUUCUGUUUUGGUUUGUUCUUUGAGAAAUAGCUUAUGAAAAGAAUUGUUGGGGUCUUUUGGGGGGGGGGGGUCACAGUGUUGGCAGGACACCCCCGUAUGAAAAGGGGAAGCAAAAAUCGGUCCCACCAAACACAGUGUAUGAAUGGGGAGCAGGCCCUAACUUUGGGGUCGUUUCACUUGUCAGGGUGGAUGCGUGAGUGACUGUGUGUCUGUGAGUGUGUAUGUGUGAGCGACUGUGUGCUUCACAGCUCCCCAGCUAUGUCCCUCUUGCCUGCUGGACAUGCUCAGUGGGGCAGAGGCAGUACCUGGGCAAGGCUGCGACCAGUGUCCCAGCAGCUGCCAGAAGGAAGGUUCUGCCCCCAGCCUGGGGAAGCCCUCGUCCCGCCCUCCCCUUCUAGGACCCAGGCCUGUGUCUGCAAGAGGCCGAAUGAGAAUCAGUUGUUUUCGAGCUUGUCUUAACUCCCCUCCAGCCACCCUCCUGCCAUUGUCGUGUCUUUCUAUUUUGGCCACCUGCUCCUGGAUGUCUCUGAGAUGGGCUUCCUGAAGGCUGCCGGGGCAGCCCCACCGCAGUAUUGCUCACCCAGUGCCCUCUCAGGCCCCUCAGCCUCUCCCCUGCCUUGGUUACAUCAGGUUUACCCGGACUCAGAAAACCAGCUCAGCACUUUCCUCCCCUCUGCAACCUGUGUGUUGAGCUCUGCUGUUAGACCAGCGAGGGGAGCAUUCCCCCUUCCCACCAAGAAGGAUUCGGUCCAUCAUAACCCAAGGUACCAUCCUGGGCUGACAUCUAACUCUCCUUUUGUUUCUUCUACAACUCAUACACUCGUAUGAUAUGUUGACACUGCUCUUAGCUCAAUGAGCAUGUUUAGACUUUAACAUAAGCUAUUUUUCUAACUACAAAGGUUUAAAUGAACAAGAGAAGCAUUCUCAUUGGAAAUUUAGCAUUGUAGUGCUUUUGAGAGAAAGGACUCCUGAAAAAAACAAACAAAAAACCCUGAGAUUUAUUAAAGAAAAAAAUGUAUUUUAUGUUAUAUAUAAAUAUAUUAUUACUUGUAAAUAUAAAGACGUUUUAUAAGCAUCAUUAUUUAUGUAUUGUGCAAUGUGUAUAAACAAGAAAAUAAAGAAAAGAUGCACUUUGCUUUAAUAUAAAUGCAAAUAACAAAUGCCAAAUUAAAAAAGAUAAACACGAGAUUGGUGUUUUUUUCUAUGGGUGUUAUCACCUGGCUGAAUGUUUUUCUAAAGGAGUUUAUGUUCCAUUAAACAAUUUUUAAAAUGUAUACUUGA